AUGAGACUUCUUCUUGUAGCUCUGCUCCCGUUGCUGGUGUGCAGUACCAAUGCCUACAAAACAGGUCUCAUGGGCUAUGGCCAAUCAUGGUACGAUCCUCCCUGCGCAUACGCCUGUCGCGCCGUGAUCGGCAGCGCACCUCUCGACUGCCCAUCAAUGGACCACCAUAGCACGGGCACGAGCGAACACUCGCACGGUGGUUCACCACUAGCGCCCUGCAUCGCGACCAAUGGUGACUUUCUGCGCACUCUCGCAUAUUGUCUCAGCACCUGGUGCGAAGAUGUGUCGGCCUCGAAGCUUGAAGCAUAUUGGGCACAACAAGCUACCGGGGAUAAGACUGUAUCUGCGGAAUGGACGUAUGGUGCUGCGCUAGCGAAUUUGACGGGGUCUCCGAAGAGGACGUAUACGGCGGGCGAAACGUUGAACUACACGGCGCUUACAGCAGAUGCUGAUUAUCAGUAUCAGUAUGACUUUAAUGUCUUUUUUGACUGGGAAGAGGCUGUUCAGUCCACUUAUGUUAUCGUGUUGAUCUCUGUAGGCGUCGCAACACCAGUCUUGUUCUCAGUUUCGGGCUACUUCCCUUUCAUUACUAGAGCCACAGAUAAGAUCAAGCCAUAUCUCAUUUACCCAUCUUCUAUUCGCGGUUACAACAGCCGUCCACUGCCUUACCUCCUCGGCAACGCUCCAACAAUGGGUCAAGGCCUUUGGGUCGCUAUGUUUGUGAUCCUGAAUAUCAUCCUCGGCGCUGUUUCUUACAAGAACUUUGCUUACCCGCAUCCCUGGGGCUUCACCAAGUCAGCCGAGAUACUCGCGUACGUCGGCUAUCGAACAGGCCAUAUAUCAUUUGCCCUGCUACCACCCACUGUGCUGUUCUCUUCGCGCAACAAUAUUCUCUUGUGGAUCACCGACUGGCCUUUCUCGACUUUUCUGGUACUUCAUCGCUGGGUCGCUCGUCUCUGUGCGCUUCAUGCAAUCGUUCACUCUAUCACCCUUCUUGCCGCCUACGUCAGCCUUGGGACUUACUAUACAGAUGUACACAAGCCUUAUUGGAUCUGGGGUAUAGUUGGAACGUUAUGUCUAGUACUCCUUCUCGUGCAGAGCAUUCUCUGGUUUCGUCGCGCUUCGUAUGAAGUGUUUCUCGUACUGCAUAUACUCCUCGCCGCUUUCGUCAUCAUCGGCUGCUGGUACCUUAUCUACUUCUGGAAGCCAUUCUCUGGAGUUUACGAGCUGUGGGUAUAUAUGGUUUGCGCCAUAUGGUUCUUUGAUCGACUCUUCCGUGUGCUACGCGUUGCCAAGAGCGGUAUCCGUCGAGCCAAUGUCAGUGAGUUGUCUGAUGAAAUUGUCCGUCUGGAUAUCACAGGUGUCAGAUGGGUAUCAACCCCAGGUUACCAUGCCUACAUCUACUUCCCUACACUACAACCGUUUCGUCCAUGGCAGAAUCACCCAUUCUCCGUUACCAAUACUGCUCUAUUGCAGAAAUUGUCUCCAUCGGAGCAGGCAUCAUCGCACUCGGGUGAUGUCGAGAUGAGCCAGAAGAUCCCUCAAGUUGCCAUAUCACAGAGCGUUGUAGGCACUGACAGCAUCUCCCUCUACAUCAAAAAGCACAGGGGCACCACCAGUCUGCUACGAAAACACUUAAACCUUCCAGUUCUUCUUGAGGGCCCUUAUCACGGCAACAUCACUCGUGAUGUGCUCAAGUGCGAUCGUGUACUCCUUAUCGCUGGUGGAAUUGGCAUCACUGGUAUUCUAUCGUGGACCCGAGCUCACGUUAAUGUCAAACUGGCGUGGAGUCUGAAAGAGUCUUCCCGGCCGCUUUUGCAGGACCUCGAACCAGCACUGAGCGAGAUAGCGGAUAAGGUCAUAUCGUUAGGAGAGAGAUUGGAUGUGAAGGCGCUUCUCGAGCAUGAGGUCGAAGCGGGUUGGAAGAGGAUUGGCGUUGUCGUUUGCGGUCCACCCGGACUCUGCGAUACUACUCGUUCAGUUGUCGUCAGCGUUGGAAGGGCAAGCGAUGCCGUGUUUGAGCUGGAGGUUGAUGCAUUCAGUUGGUAA